GUCAUAUGCUAUUUAGGGUGAGUUAGUGCGAAGACAAGAGAUCUAUUUGGUGUUAGUAUUUUUACAGCUUUUGGUCCUUUUUCCCUCCGGGGACGAUUCUUCCCGCACGAGCUAAAUAUCUGAAAACCUAACGAGGAAUUACUAGGCUUAUAAGUUAUGAUACUACGUCGUAUUGCUCGGGUUUAUUUCCACAGAUAAAAAAUUAAUAAUUUGAUUAUGAGGGGAUGGCCAAUUACUAGACGUUAGGUUUGAACCUGGUGUUUUCCCUGCUCAUGGUUGCGAGAUUCGGGACAGACACCCCGGAACUGUAGUGUGCCUGUUACGGCCCGUGAUAUGCGCGGAGAGCAAUCUCGUUGUGCGAAAUGUCAAUAUUACUGUCGCACGGGGUUCACAUUUGUCUUCUCGCAUAUUGGCUUGUGUAGCCUAGUAGUAGGUUACACUAUUAUAGGGGCUUUCACCUUCGAAGCCCUUGAAGCCCAAAACGAACGCGCCAAGCGAGAAGAGAUCGUAAGCGAACGAGAAACUAUAGUGGAGAACCUGUGGGAGAUCACGACCAAAAGUAGCGUUCUGCACGAGGCUAACUGGACUGUCCAGGUAACAGGAGCUCUCAGGCAAUUCGAGUGGACUCUGAUCAAGGCCGUACGAAAGGAAGGUUAUGAUGGUAAAGACGAACCCCCCCUGCAAUGGAACUUUUUCGGUGCCUUGUUGUAUUCGAUUAUUGUUAUAACUACGAUAGGUUACGGUAACAUUGCUCCCAAAACGCCGUGGGGUAAGAUGGUCACCAUUAUGUACGCCAUUGUUGGAAUACCUCUGAUGCUCUUGUGUUUGUCUAACAUCGGAGACGCCAUGGCUCACUCGUUUAAGUUCGUCUACUGGAAGGUUUGCUGCUACCUGUGUGUUAAACCACGUAAGAAGCGCCGAGAAACCAGCUCGUCGUUUCGUCAUAGCGCUCACUACUGGGUGGGUCAGAGCCCUCUGACGGACUAUAUAGACGUUACGAAAAGAAGUGGCGACUGUACUGCCCCUGGAGAAGAUUUACCAGAUAGUGACUUUCGUCCUCAUAUAUCGCCGCCCACUUCUUCCAACACUCCCGUUUCACCUAGUUCUGUUGGACCAGACUCUCCCCAACUUUCAGCGCCCCCACCAAUGUCUCCCACGCGGAGAAGAUAUUUUAUCGAUCUUUAUAGCACCAACCACGUGCCAGUGAUAUCAAACAAGUAUGCUCUUCAAGAGAGAGAGGACGAGCCUCUUGAGCUUCCUCCGCCAUCUGGGAUUCAAUCCAGGUCACUCUGUGCAGAACAGUGUAGUUGGAAAAGCCGCCGCCAGGGAGAGGUGGUAGAUCUAGACCUCGUGCAGGAGGAUGAGAAGGAGUCUGUUUCCGAGGGUAGCGAUGGUGAGGAGGAAGUCACGGUUCCGAUUUGGUUGUGCUCAACGGUUGUCAUUGGUUACAUCUGUGGUGGAGCGGUGCUUUUCACCAUCUGGGAGAACUGGAACUUUUUAGAUAGUUUUUAUUUCUGCUUUGUAACCUUGACAACCAUUGGAUUCGGUGAUCUAGUCCCCGGUACAUCAGUUCUGUCGGAAGAUGCUCAGCUGACCCUCGGAUUGGGUGCCCUUUAUCUCUUGUUUGGAAUGGCCCUCUUGGCCAUGUCUUUCAACCUGGUUCAAAAAGAAGUUAUUAAGUCUGUGAAGUGCGUAGGUCACAGACUGGGCAUUCUUUCGGAUGAAGCUGACGGUUGAGAGUGGGCUUAAUGUCUUAUAAGAUCUAAAUAGAUGGAACUCAACACGUGUAGUCUCACACCACGUGUCGCUUUGACGGCCACCAAAUGGAUAGGCGAUAAGAUUGAAAUGACACAGAUGCUUCCGAAACGAAAUACAUUAACAAAUCGGGAAACAAGGAUAGCAAGUUAUGUUAAAAUGUCAUCGAAGCUCACCUUCAAAAAAUGAAUACUUAUUUCUCU